UAAAUUACAAUUAUUGUGGUCAGUUCAGUGCUGCAUUUUGAGAGUGUAUAUAAACUACGGUUUGUAAAAUAAAAUUCUUUUUCAUGGAAGGGUUUUUUCGCAAAAUUCACUGACCUGUUAAUUUUCGAUCCUUUAAAUAUCCUUCCUUUUCAACCAGUUUUUGGAUAGAAAUUUAGGUCAAUUUUCCUUCAGUCAAUUUCUUUUUCUCUUUUAUUUUUAAAAAAUGUGUCCAUUCCCUUUUAUUAAUUUUCAAAGAUUUUAUAGCAAAUUAUUUUAUUUUCAUGGAUUGGGGUCAGCAAAAAAUGAUAAAAAAUUGUUUCAAAAAUGGACAGAAAUUAAUUUGUUAAAAUUUGAAAUGAUUAAAUAUAAUGAAUGUAGUGGAGACAGAAAAAUUUGGACGGUAGAAAAUUGGGCUCAAGACGUGGCAAAAGAAUUACAAAAACAACAAGAAGAAAAAAACAAAAUAAUAGCUGUUUGUGUUUCUGCUAGUGCACAAGCUUUUCUUAGAUCGGUUUGGUAUAAACCUGAGCUUACUAAUGGAAUUGAAGGUCUUUUAUUAAUUUCCCCUGGUGUUGGAAUGCAAGUUGAUAAUUAUAUUAGAAGAGUAUUUCCUUUGGAGGAACAAAAAUUAUUAAAGAGUGGAUUUGCUGUUGAACAUCCAACAACAAACAAUGAAUUUUCUGAGCAAAUAAGAGUUGAUUUGAAAAGUUUGGAGGAUUAUGCUCAAAACUGUAUCCUAAACAAUCGACUGCCAACUCCUUAUUUUGAUUUCCCUGUCAGAAUCGUUCAUGGAAUUCACGACAAGAUUGUCCCAUUAUCAAAUAGUUUGGCCUUAUUGGAUAAAAUUAAAUCUGAUGAUAAGGCUUUAUUACAAGCAACUUGUGGACAUUUAAUUAAUGAUGACUCAAUAAUUAUACGGGCACUGGAUUCUUUACUAGAAGAAAUUCAGAAUAAAAACGAAAAAUAUUUAAUUGCUACACAAAAGGGAUGA